GCAUUUCUGGCUACACAAUUGUGUUCAAGCCUUCCUUACGAGUAGACGUCGCUGUUCUGCCGCGUGAGGUGUAUUUUUUGGUACGGGUGAUUUUCCGUUUAUUUUCUUUUUACCUUAAAAAGUGAUUCUUUCGACUUUCGUUACCCGUUAACAUUCGCUGUUUUUAGUGGGUGAACAUAAAUUCAAGUUGAACUUUAACCCUCAACAGACAGUUGGUCCUAUUCUUUGCGAUAUACAUCUUAUUGAUGCAUGAAGUGUUUUGAUUAUCAUUUCGGUGAAAAUAAAUUGGUGGUUGCUGGAGGUUGAAACGAGUGUAAUACAUCACGCAGCUCUGGAUUUCUUCGACUGAAGUAAUUAAUUGGGUUUCACGGAGUGUUUGGCUGGAAAUUGGUAAUUGUGUAUUUUCUUAUUCAUUGUGCACGCAAAUAUAAAAAAGUGGAUUGCAGAAAAGAAAUUUCGUUGCUUUGCCAAAAGUGGAAACGUAAAUUAAAUAAAGGUGCUGAUUUUGCUCUAUUGAAGGCCGCUCGAGUGAAUCUCAGUGUGGAAAGUGUGAAGGAGCUUACUGCUGCUGGAUACAGAUUGGGAAGAGAGCCGAAGCUGCAGCCACCCGAGAAGUGAAAUAAGCUGUCAAAAUGAAUAAAUCCUGCGCCCGGUGCCAGAAAGUGGUUUAUUCUAUCGAGGAGCUCAAAUGCCUAGAUAAGACAUGGCACAAAACAUGUUUCAAAUGCCAUGAGUGCGGCAUGACACUGAACAUGAAGACAUAUAAAGGUUUCAACAAACUUCCAUAUUGUGAAGCACACAUCCCAAAAGCCAAAGCCACCACAAUUGCAGAAACUCCGGAAUUGAAGCGGAUAGCCGAAAACACCAAAAUUCAGUCCAAUGUUAAAUAUCAUGCGGACUUUGAAAAGCAGAAAGGAAAAGUUACUCAGGUCGCUGAUGAUCCCGAAACGCUGCGAAUCAAGCAAAACACGAAAAACAUUUCCAACGUAGCCUAUCACGGGGACUUACAGAAGAAAGCUGCCAUGGAAAGACAAAGAGAAUGUACAGAAAUUAUCGAUAGUAAAGACAACAACGAGUUGGAAUCGGAAUACUUUUCCGAGCAACUGGCAGCUGAAUCGCUUCCUCAUUAUCAACCUCCUCCACCACCACCGGUUGUGGCCCCAACAUCACAUUCGUUGUCUCAAGCAUCGAUGACCGGCUCAUCCUCGUCACUAUCAUCGAUGGGCCCCAGUGCAACUGCAGCUGCGAAUCCGACGGCAGCCGUGUCUCAGCAGGCGCAAAUAACUCCAACCUCAACGCUUACUAAGCAUAAUCUGAGCAACUUAAAUCUGGCUCAGAAUAACUACCAACCAUCACAGGCGUACCAAGUUGCCAAUAAUAACUACAGUAAAGCGGGCUAUGGCGGCGUCCAGGCUCCUCCACAACCUUACCAGCAAGCUCCUGCUCAGCAGCAGCCUAACCACUACCAUCACAAUAGCAAUAGUAGCAGCAAUAGCAGUACUCAUACGAACGAUGUGGUGCGUCAAACAGUGCUGCAAAGUUCUCAAGCUCCUUCGGGAGGAAUGAUUAACAAUCAGAAGUAUUAUGACCCAUAUGAUAAUUAUGCUCGGCCAAAUCCAAAUGCCGCAAUGGUUAAUAAUAACAACAACUACAACGCUCACUACCAUCAUAGCCAACAACAAGCUGGUGUUGCAGGGGGUGGUGGGGGUGGUAAUGAACGAAGCAAUGGUUCUGCUCACAAUUACCACCAUAUGCAACAACACCAUCACGUGCAGCAUCACCAGCAAGGUGAUGGUGGCUAUGCCCACUCACAACAGCAACAACAACAACAGCAACACCAGAGAUACAACGGACAACAGCAACAAUACGCACAACAACAGCAGCAACAAUAUCAGUAUAACAAUGGUAACGUAGUCAACACUAAUGGAGGCAACAUUGGGAAGAUUGCCGACUACGAUCCGCUAACCGAUGGACCAAGAAACAUUCCGCAACCAAAUCGACAGAGUGCGACUCUCAUCUUCAGCUCCGGAAGUCUAAAUGCAAAUAACAACCGGAGAAUUGGAUCAGUCAAUGAUAUCGAUCCAGUAAAUGGCUAUUACGGUUCGAUUGCAACGGAAACUCAACAACCACAGCAACAGCAGCACAAUCCUAUGUACCAUCAUCAACAUGCAGCUCAUCAACAUCACCAGCAACAACAACAGCAGCAACAGUUAUAUCAACAACAGCAACAACAACAACAACAACAGCAGAGACAAUCGCACCUUCAACAACAACAGCAGCAACAAGCACAGUCACAAUACAUUCAGCCACCUCAACAGUUUAGCGCUCCAACAUCAACUCCAGUUACGAAACCUAUGGGUAAAGUGCGGGUGUAUCGAGCACUUUACGAUUAUGAGGCCCAGGAUAGUGACGAGGUCGGCUUCACCGAGGGUGACCUGAUCAUCGAGGUAAACUCGAUCGAUUCCGGCUGGAUGACGGGACGAGUCGAGCGAACGGGCCAAACAGGAAUGCUGCCAGCGAACUACGUCGAAUUGGUUAAAAUAUAAAUGUCCACGCGUUGCGGUGUCGUCGCACUGUGCAACUAAAUCGAAUACCAUGGGUAUCGGACGAUAAUCGUAAAGUCGAAUUCCGACGCUGGCAAAAAAAUGAUGAUGUAGAGCUCUGCGAUUACAAUAUUACCAAUCUUAUAGUUUUCUUGUCUAGUGUAAAAAGAGAAAAAAAAUGAGCUAAUUUAAAUUACUCUACAACUAAUUUACGAUACAAUAGUGGGAAAAAUUGCGAACAGCAUGUGUUUUUAAUUUUAUUUUCUUGUUAUUAUUUUGAUAUUCGCGUUAUUUUCUUGAACCCUCAAAUAUAAAGUCAUAUUCAGUGAAAGGUGCUGAAUAUAUUGUAGCGUUUCUAAAAGCAGCUUAAUAUUGUUGAAUUAAAACGAAUGUUGAAAAACCAGCUAACUUUGCAGCAUUUAUUAAUACUGUAAACAUUCUCAGUUUAUAUAUUUAUACGUCAAUAAAAUCGAGUAGAUUCGCAUAGCACUAGCAUAUUCGGAAAAUACCGUAUUAUUCGACUGGCGUAACCUACAGGAGACUAAGUAGAAUCGUGCCUUUGUUUACGCAAUGGAACUCCCUUUUGGAUGCAAUUUUUUAUAGUGUCAAUUAUACAGGUUUUUUAGAGAAAGGUUGAUCAAAAUUGUUCGUCUGAUGAGAUAUGAGCUUCCGUUUGUUGUAUACAGAUUCUGUGAUAGAUGAAUGUGUAUUCGAAAAUAUCUUUCGGCCUAUUAUUUUCUGUUACAAUACCCAUUGGCUCAGUUAACGACUUUCAAGCAAAUGAAAUAAUACAACUUCCACUCGGAAAUAUCUAGUGAUUGUUUGUGUCAUUCGUUUAAUUCAGCAUAAUAAUUGUUAAUAAUAGCAAACAAGAACGAAGCAAAAUUUACUUGUUAGUUUUAGACACAAUAGUAUGGCAACACGCAAAUUUACUACGUACAUAUACACACACUUGAAUAUAUUUUAUUCCUUUUCAAACAAGCUAAUUUAUAAUAUAACAACCCAAGUCAAUAAGCAACACAUAUACAAGUGCUAAUGUUAGAUAAACACGAAAAAAUUUUGUAACUCUAGUAAUACUGCUGAAGAGAAAAACAAAGAGGUAAAUUCAGA